GGAUUAACCGAUGAGGAGAUUGAGUUGGCACUACAGCAGUCGGGCACUGCCCAUGAUGACCCAUCACCUUUGGGUGCCCCUGGCCUGCCCCACCCAGGGCCGUCUCAUCAGCUGGCAGUUCAACCAUACACUACUGGCCGGCCCAGCCGCUACCAUGACAACCAUAGUCCCCCUGGCUCACGCUGGAGAGAAUAUGGAGCCCUUGCAGUUAUUUUAGCUGGAAUUGCGUUUGGCUUCCACCACCUGUACAAGAGAUACCUGCUUCCGCUAAUCAUCGGCAGCAAGGAGAGCCGCAAGCAGCUGCAGCGCAUUGAGUCCAGCGUCUUGGAGUUGAGUGGCAACGUCACGCAGACAGUAACUCAAAUCCGAGCCACACUGACCGCUGCACAGGAGCUGCUUGCACAACACCAACAGAAGAUCCAGGAACUAACCCAGGAGCUGGCUGCUGCCAAGGCCUUCAGUUCAUCUAACACUAUUCUGGAAUCUCAGAACAUCCAGGAAUUAAAGACUGAAAUCUACUCUCUAAAAGGGCUGCUGCUGAACAGGAGGCAAUUCCCGCCAUCUCCAUCUACACCUAAGAUUCCGACUUGGCAAAUGCCCAUAAAACCUCCCACUUUACCCAACCAGGCAACGCUUAACCACAACAGCAGCAGUGACAUUUCCCCUGUUAGCAAUGAGUCUGGCUCCUCUUCUCCCGUCAAGGAGAACCACAGCCCCGAGGGAGCUAAGGUCAACUCCCAUCACCUGCCCACCACCAGAGAGGGGGAUCCUGAAAUUGAUGUGCAGAGCCAAGUGCGCAUGGAGGUCCAAGGAGAAGAGGAGGACGAAGAGGAUGAAGAAGACGUAGGACAAGCUGAUGAAGAGGAUUGCAUGGGAGUCCAAACCGAAGACCGCCGGGGUGGAGAUGGACAGAUCAAUGAGCAAGUAGAUAAGUUGCGUAGGCCAGAAGGAGCCAGCAACGAGAUGGAAUGA